GGUGGUACGGCUCUGUUGGUAUUUCUUAACAUGUCCUCUGAGUAUGAGGGCACGUCCAGAUCGUACAUGACAGUGGUCGGCCUGCUAGCAGCUGUUUCUUAUUAUCAGCAAGUCUGUAAUCUGUCCCUGACACUGAAAGGACUAGGACUCAUCUAAAGAGAAGACUGAAUUGAUUGGAUUAUUUUACACUAGACAUAUCAGAAGAGUCAUUCUUGGUGGAAACAACAGAGGUGAGCAUCUAUAAAGACAUUCAUCUUCUCUUUCUCAAACACUGAGACUGCUGAACAACCACAGCGAGGCAUCCAUCUAUUUUGAGCUUUAUCAUUGAAGGAGACAGCUUACAUUUCGUCAACCGACAUAAUAGAGAGUCAGUUUUCAACAUCCGUCUGUGGAAUAUACUGAAGAGAGUGAACAAGAAUCAAUCUGUCUGCAAACAGCGUUGUGUCCACAUCUUGGCCCAGUCAGGAAGAUACAAUAGAAAAAAAAAACUGACUUUUUCUCACUGAGGUUUUAACAUACCUCUUUCGGCUCUUCAACAUCCCCAGUAAUAAGAAAGCAUCACCAGUCUGACUCUAUUCCAGAUCGUUCCAUCAGGAUCGUUGAUCACAGAAACAUAUAUCAAGGUGAAGCUUCUGCUGAAGUCUGGAGGUCUCUGAGGCUUGGUGACUGUCGGUCCACCAAGUAGUUCUGACAACUAAUCGCACAUCCUAACAGCAGAAGAGACCGUGUUCGCAGGUGAAGAGGCAGAGCAAUCAAGAGUCUGUUGAGCAUCAUCACAAAACAGCCAAUUCUUUACCCAUCAGUUGACAGAGACAAACACACACCUGUCGGAUCUUCAACAGACACAUGUUGAUUCACAACUAUUAAAGGCUCUUUUGACUAGUCAUGGCUGACUGGACUCUGCUGGGGAACUUUCUAGAAGAAGUCCAGGAACAUUCCACUUCGGUGGGAAAGGUGUGGCUUACGAUUCUUUUCAUCUUCCGGAUCCUGGUCCUGGGCACGGCUGCCGAGUCCUCGUGGGGCGACGAGCAGGAAGACUUCACCUGCGACACGGAGCAGCCCGGUUGUGAGAACGUUUGUUAUGACCGAGCCUUUCCCAUUGCGCAUAUCCGCUUCUGGGUGCUCCAGAUUGUGUUCGUGUCCACACCUUCUCUCAUCUACAUGGCACACGUGAUGCAUAGUGUCCGCAGAGAGGAGAAGAGGAGGAAAGAGCAGGAAGGAGGAGCACAAACAGACAGAGAUGGAGAAAUGUACCCAGAGGGAGACAAGCACUGUGGGAAGCAGGAUGAAGGCGGAGGUGGGAAGUUGCAAUUGAAGGGUGCUUUGCUACAAACAUACGUAUUAAGCAUCCUCAUCCGCUCUGUAAUGGAAGUGAUCUUCAUUAUAGUCCAGUACCUGAUCUAUGGAGUCUUCCUCAAUGCGCUCUACGUGUGUAAGGCCUCACCGUGUCCACAUCUGGUCAACUGCUACAUCUCGAGACCUACGGAGAAGAAUGUGUUUAUUGUGUUUAUGUUAGUGGUAGCAGCUGUGUCGCUGUUGCUCAACGUCGUGGAACUGUAUCAUUUGUUGUGGAAGCAGUUUAAGGGUAGUUUGCAAAGAUAUAAGGCUUCCAAACAGCGACUGAAUACACCAUCCACUGUGGCUGCAGUCUCACCAAACCGAGCCCGCACUCCACCUCCUGACUUCAAUCAGUGCCUGACAUCACCACAGUCUUCCCCUACCAUACAGACACAUGCACACUCACUUAUACACCCAUCCUGCCCACCCUUUCAUGACCGACUGGUGCACCAACAAAACUCUGCGAACAUGGUCACCGAAUGCCAUCGAGGUCAAGACUUCCUAGGGGUCAACUUCUUGAGCUUCUCGCAUACACCUACAGAUAUUUCCAACUCAUGUACCUCACCGCCUUUUCUUAGCAUUGAAUCUGUUGGGGACAAGAGAAGGUUUAGCAAGAGCAGCGGGACCAGCAGCCGCAUGAGACCGGACGACCUUGCAGUAUAGCACUGACCAAUCACAUCUGAAAAAGGGUCCCUAGCCAUAAAACUUUUACAAGA